AUGAAGCUUAUUCAGUUUGCUGUCCUUACUGUCCUUGCUGCUGUCACUGGGGUGAAGGCAGCUGCUACUGAUAGCAACACUGGAAUCUGUAUAUUGCCAUGCUAUCCUGAGGAAACUGAGUGUGUGGAAGGGUGGUAUGCAGCCCAAUUUCGUGACUGCUGGACCUGCUGCACUGAGACUUAG